AUGCCCAAAACGGUCAAUGUCCGCGUCACCACAAUGGACGCGGAGCUGGAGUUCUCCUUCCACCCCAACACAACAGGGAAGCAGCUCUUUGACCAGGUUUCCAGGACCAUCGGCCUGCGUGAGACUUGGUACUUCGGGCUGCAGUUUGUUGACAUCAGAGGAUUCACCUCAUGGUUGAACUCUGAAAAGAAGGUGAUGUCUCAGGAAGUGAAGAAAGAGACUCCCCUGCAGUUCAAGCUGUUGGUCAAGUUUUACCCUGAGGAUGCAGCCGAGGAGCUGAUCCAGGACAUCACCAGGAGGCUCUUCUUCCUGCAGGUGAAGGAGGCGAUCCUGAGUGAGGAGAUCUACUGCCCUCCAGAGACCGCCGUGCUGUUGGCCUCCUACGCCAUCCAGGCAAAGUAUGGCGAGUACAACAAGUCGACGCACCAGCCACGUUACAUGUCCUCUGAGCGCCUUCUGCCCAAGAGAGUGCUGGACCAACACAAGCUGUCAAGGGAGCAGUGGGAGGAGAGAAUCCAGGUUUGGCACCAGGAGCACGGAGCGAUGCUAAAGGAAGAAGCCAUGAUUGAGUACCUGAAGAUCGCCCAGGAUCUUGAGAUGUAUGGCAUUAACUACUUUGACAUCAAGAACAAGAAGGGCACAGACCUGCUCCUGGGAGUCGACGCUCUAGGCCUCAACAUUUAUGCGAAGAACGACAAGCUGACUCCAAAGAUUGGAUUUCCCUGGAGUGAAAUUAGAAACAUUUCUUUCAAUGAUAAGAAAUUUGUUAUCAAGCCCAUAGACAAGAAAGCCCAAGACUUUGUAUUCUAUGCUCCACGGCUUAAAGUCAACAAGGGCAUCCUGCAGCUGUGCAUGGGCAACCAUGAACUGUACAUGCGACGCCGCAAGCCCGACACCAUCGAGGUUCAGCAGAUGAAGGCUCAGGCCAGACAGGAGAGGCUGCAGAAGAAGAUGGAGAGGGAUCAGCUGGAGAGCGAGAAGAAGAGGAGGGCGGCCAUCGAGCGGGAGAAGGAGGAGAUGGAGAGAGAAAAGCGGGAGCUGAUGGAGAGGCUCCACCAGUUUGAAGAGACAACUAGGAGAGCAGAGAGGGAGCUUCAGGAGCAGCUGGACCGGGCCAUGAGGCUGGAGGAGGAGAGGAGGAGGGUGGAGGAGGAGGCGGCCCGGCUGGAGGCUGAGAGGAUGGAGGCUAUAAUAGCCAAGGAGGAGCUGGCCAGGCAAGCUGAGGACCAGUUAAAGAGCCAGGAGCAGCUGGCUGCAGAGCUGGCCGAAUAUAGUGCCAAGAUUGCUGCGCUGGAGGAGGCCAAGAAAGCCAAGGAGGAAGAGGCUGAGACAUGGCACACCAAGGCUGUCGAAGUGGAGGAGAGUCUGCUGAAAACGAAGGAGGAGCUGCACACUGUGAUGAGUUCCGCCAACUCAGCUCCUGUUGCUGAGCAUGCUUCCUCCUCCUCCUCCUCCUCCUCAGACAGCGAGAGUGACCAUGAGCACAGCGAAGAAAACAGCACCUAUAGCGCCGAGCUGCAGACACAAGGCAUCAACUACGACCGCCAGGAGGAGGAGCGACUCACCGAGGCCGAGAAGAACGAGCGCCUGCAGAAGCAGCUUCAGGCCCUGAGCUCAGAGCUGGAAGAAUCCCGAGACGAUAACAAGAAGACCCAGAACGAUAAGCUCCAUGCCGAGAACGUCCGCGCUGGCCGUGAUAAGUACAAGACCCUCCGUCAGAUCCGUAUGGGCAACACCAAGCAGAGGAUUGAUGAGUUUGAGGCCUUGUAG